AUGAACAGAGACACCGAUGAACACGAUAAACGUAUAGACAACAUUUUAAAGAGCUGGUCAAUGUCCAGGGAACAUAUUGCUAAGGACGGAGAUUGUUGUUUUAGAGCAGUGGCAAGGAACGUUUUCAAAUUAACAGAAACAGAAGGAUUAAGUUCUCAAGCGUAUGAGCAUCUGGCUAAUCUUGGUCUUGUUAAUUUAGACGAGAAAAGCUUGAGCGACAGUUUAAGGGUGCUGACCGUUUCAGAGUGGUCAGGAGAGAACAGGCCACACUACGAAAGCUUCCUGACAACUGACAACUUUGACGAGGAAGUUAAGCGGUUUACCCACAAGGGGUAUUUUACUGGUGAGCUAGGAAAUCUCAUGGUCUUAGCAAUGGCCAACGUUCUAAAAAUGCCCAUUGUAAUUUUUUCAUCGUUGGAAAACUAUCCCACUAUACCAAUUCUGCCGCGUGGACAACUCAAUGACAUGCCUACGUUGUUUGUCUCAUUUAAUGCCGCUGGUUGUGGGCACUACGAUUACGUCCAUACGGAGACUGUGCCGAUGGUGUUAGAAAAACAACAAGAAGAACAAGUAAACGAAAAGAAACGACCCCAAGUUUCCUGUUCUUGUGGUGCCAGUAGGAAAGGUCAAGAGAAAGUGUCGAAUGUUUGCAACAACGUCAUUGGCUCACACUCUAGCAGGUGUAAGUGUCUUAAGGCUCGAGUUAGUUGCGAUGGAAAUUGCAAAUGCAAAGGAUGUUCAAAUCCAUUUGGGCAAAGUCAAGCUGGUAAUGCCGAGGGGGAGUGCGCACCACGGAAACGACGAAAGUUUGAUAUUCAAAACUCGAUCAAACUUAAGUCAAAAGUAUAUCUUAAUGAAAAAGGAGAACCGCUACGAUAGGGAGCUUUGACGAAGGAGGAGUUCUUUGUAGUAGAAGAACUUUUCAAAUUGUUUCAUGAAAACAGGGAAGAAAUGAGUAGUACAUCAUUACUAGCCUACUACAAUUUUAUAAAAUCUACCAAUUGCACCCUUGAUCCUCGGCCUUUACUGCUUAGACCUAUGUGACAUGAACAGAUCAAGAGAGCCAUAGCGGCUCACGAUCACGACGCAUCCGUUAUGACAGCCUUGUUUAAAAAACAAGUAGAACUGUGUUUUGCGGAGUCAUAAACCUAAUCAACAUUAAAUAGACGAAGCCAAUCACUAUCUGGCAUCCAUAACUUCCUUUUAGUUUUGUUAGACUGAUUUUUCUGAUUAUUAUCUCAAUUUAGGACCAGGCGAACGUUUUUGGUGAAAGCCAGAGCAUUCCACCGAGCUUUUUGGGGAGUAGCAUAUUAUUUUGAAGAACUGCGUGGUUGUGGCUUGUUUUGACGUGACAACAGAAUGACAUACGCUAAGGACUGUCAUUAUAAAUAUGAAAAAUGUUUGAAACACAUAUAACCGUAAAAAUGCCUAAUCAUGUUAAAUGUACAUGUUCAAUUAAGGCCGAAGCAAUUUUUUUUUUCCUUCGGCCUCAAAUUUUCUUAAGACAAAAAUCUUGAAAGAAGAACUAUCAUUGACCAAAGGAAAAUUUUAAAAAUAAGAUUUGCUUGAUAAGAAAAUUCUUUAUUUGGGUUUCUUGAAUUUCACACUCUUCGAGAAUGUACUCAGUCUCAUUGAUCACACAAGCCUUACUUACGGAGCUAUUGACCAGGAUUUAUGGCUUGCCAAAGUUUUAAUUCAAGACCUCGGUGGGCGUAAAAAAUGCUUUGUGCAGCAACCUUUGAUUGAACUUGCGUUAGAAUAAAGUACAUGUUUAUAGGAACACGGCAAAGUGUCCAGUGUAUGUAUUGAACCCAAUGAAAAUUUACGUGGGCAAGAAGUGGACAAGGUUAUAGGGUACACAUGUCUUCAGCGCUUUCGAGGAAAGCGGGUAUAUUAAUUUGGACCUCUUAGGCCCAUUUCAAAGGCGCGUCUCGGCCUUUCAUGUAAAGUACAGUGUUUGAAGUAUGCCUUAGGGGACUGGCGCUACUCCUAUUCCAGGAGAUAUGACACUACUUUUAAAUGUGGCAGAAGUAUCACUCUACGAGAAUCGAAAUACACCAAAACAGCAGUCACUGUCGUCGGAAAAUAUUAUUACUGACUAAAAAGCUGUAUUUGGGCAAUUAAAUUGCAUGAUUUCAAAAUGGAUGUAAUAACUUAGUGUGAAAUCAUACACGUACUUGUGAUUUCAAAUCGAACUCGCGCGAUUUUCAAACCACGUGCAUGAUUUUAGACCAAAUUGCACUCCACUCAGUUCAAUUACCAUUAUAUAGGACCCUGUAUUGCUUAAUGUUCAUGUUAGUGUGUCAGAGAUGGCCACCGACGCCAGACAUUAUAAGACUCUGUCCCUUAUGAAAUUCUCACAGCGAUCAAAGAGCGCGAUCGGCUCAAGAAAGAGUUCCGGAAAAAUGGCGAAUCCAAAGAGUGUCUUUUAAUAUUGCUAGAAACAAAGUAGUAAGACUUAUUGAAAAAGCCAAAAAAGAAGCGGUUAUUAAUGAAAUAGACAACAGCAAAUUGAACUCCAGCGUCCUAUGGAAGACCUUGAAGAGCAUUUUUCCUACCAAAGCGAAACAGAUGAGUCGAAUAAACUCUCUAACCAAAGACGGAACCAGCUAUUCUACCCCAGAAAUAUUCAAUGAGCAUUUUAUCUAUAUUGCUGAUAACUACAUUGAUAACACCAUCAAUACUGAACCCGAUCUAACUAGUUUGGUGGAUUUCGUAAAUCGUAAAAAAGCUGGCAACUCCGCUGAUUUCAGUAUACCCUUAUUUUCAGAACGCGAAGUUUUAGAAAACAUAAAACCACUCCCAUCAAAUGUUGCAACUGGACUUGAUGGAAUCAUCUCCCCUUAAUUAAAAUUAAUCGCCCCUACAGUUGCUCCAAGUCUAGCAAAAGUAAUAAACUGCAGCAUAAUUAACAGCAUCUGCCUAGCUCAACUCAAACUGGCUCGUGUCACUCCAAUCCGAUUUACAAACAGGGGAGUAAAACCGAUCUUGACAAUUACAGACCUAUAUCAGUCCUCCCUGUCAUUUCGAAGAUUCUCGAGAAACAUGUCUGCAAACACUUUAUUGCUUUUCUCACUAAUCACGAUUUACUGUACAAACGCCAAUCGGGUUUUAGAGCGAACCACUCCUGCGAAACCAUCCUAAUGAAAAUUACAGAUGAAUGGCUAGAAGCAAUGGAUAAAGGCCUCUUUACUCAGGAGCACCAAACGACUGCUUUCUGUAAAAUAUCUGGGCGGAAAAGCAAAUAUUGCCUAGAAUGUUCUAUUAUUCGAGGAAGGAUAAAAAUUUCUAGAUGACCGUUCCACCCAUGUUCAAGUUUCAAAGCUUUUCCAAUAAAUCCGCUACGAUUUUCUCAAGUUAAAUUUUUCACAUUCUACUCCCCAGGUUUGGCUAUUUUUCGUAGUAAAAAGGAAACCUAAAAUUUUCUGAUACAAAAAUGCGAAGUAGAGAGGAAUAACUAGAAAAAUUCUCACUUUCGUAGUAGUGUUAAAUUGUAUCUGAAAUUUUCGGCAAAAAAAAACAACUGAAGUCUUAAUCAUUUCGAACAGACUCAAGUUACCCUAGGAUAACCAAACAGACAAAAAUUUUAUAGCGCCACUUAGAAUGCAUUUCUAGAGAUCUAAAAGUACUCUGGAUAGCCUAAAAAGUGUUUUCAAUGUAUGUAGGAGGAAAAGUCAUUGGGUGCCCCUGUUUACUGGUGUUGUUAUGAUCGACCUGCGCAAAGCUUUCGACGUUGUAAACCAUAAACUGCUGCUCAAGAAAGUUCAGGUAUAUGGCUUGAACACUAACUCCCUCAAAUGGUUCCAAAGUUACCUCAAAGGAGGGUAUCAAAAGGUAUGUGUUGACGGUAAGCUAUCUGAACCGCUCGUUAUUCACUCCGGUGUACUGCAUGGGAGUAUUCUUGGUCCUGCUCUUUUUCUGCUCUUUUUCUUUUUUCUGCCUCUAGUACUGAAGAAUAAUAUUGGCAUUCAUGCUGAUGACCCGACCCUUUAUGCAUCUGCACACCUUAGCUGAAGUCGAGUAGAAAAUUAGACCUGACAUUGACGCAGUAUCGAUGUGGGCAAAGUAAAAUAAAAUGAAAAUGCAUCCAGCAUAGACAAAGUAAAGUAUAAUCUCAACCAGACAAAAAAUUCCAAAUUCAGCAAAACAAUCUCUUGACCUUUCAGUUGACGGCAGGCAACUCACUAAGGUUGAGUCAGAACUUGUGUCUUAGGAGUAUAUAUUGAUAGUCAUCUCACCUGGAACGAACACAUUGACACACUGCGCCGAAAACUACUUCAAAAAAUUGCAACUUUAGCAAGAGCUCGGAAAUAUAUACCAACCAAAUAUAGAUUGCUUUUUACAAUGCAAGUAUCAAACCGCUCUUUAAUUAUUGGUGUACUGUUUGGAGCAACUGUAGCCAAACCAACUUAGACGAACUAGUAUAAACUUCAAAAACGCAGCGCUCGAUUAAGUUUGGAAAGUCCUCGGGAUGCACGAUCGUGGGCACCCAACGAGAAUAUGGUUCAAAACCACUUAAACAUAGAACUGUUAGUAUUUAAACGGUAGACAUAAACAUAUCUUUAUCCCCCCAAAAUUUUUCAUCUGUUCGGAUUUCCUAGCUGAAAGUCUAGCGAUCCGAAAAUUAUAGGGAUCAAAACUUACCUUUUCGAAAACUUCAGCCAGAAAAAAGACUUUCGAAGGUGACCUUUUUAGGGUAAAAAUCCGUUAAAAAUGGGCAAUGAGACCAUUUUUUAAAUGUUCUGGAAUGCUAGGAGAGAUAGGCAAGGAAGAAAUUUUACAACAAAUGUUCCGAAAAUUCUAGGUCUCAAAUCGUUUUCCGAACAGAUUUUUUCCGAAAACUGACGUUGGGUGCCCCUGGCUACCGGUUGAUCAACUAUUCAAGCUCAAUAAACUCGGCCUUUUAAAGAAAGUUAUUGAUGGUAGGACACCGGAAUACUUAAUUACAACCUUGGACUCACUUCGGUUUGGGCACAACUACUCUACCAGAACAAAAACAU